GUGAUCAAUUGAGUUUGGACAAGUUUUGCCACCCCUAUACUCGGUGGUGUCUAAAAGGGGCGUGGCUAAGACGCCAGCGGAGCGGAUUCUACAAUGGGCCAAUGCCCCGCGCCCACGCCCCUAGCUGCGUCUGCUGGUGGCGGGAGUCGAGGGCGGUCAGAAAAUGAUGCGGACACGCUUCUGGUUUGCUUCGCUAUCCAACGCCCUUUUAUCCGCCGGCCGCCCCCUUCUCCCACAGAAAAACCCCCAUUUUAGUCACACACCGCAGAGAUCGAGAAUGAACGACGGAGAAGGACGGACUAAUGCUGCACGAAGCAGCAUACAGUCCAACCCUAAAGUUCAUCAGAUGCAACAACUCGUCUACAGCGGUUCCACUGGAUCAGGUGGUUGGGAAAAAUGCUGGGAGGAAGGAUUGACCCCAUGGGACCUGGGAUGUCCAACACCUAUCGUUACACAUCUCAAUCAGAUUGGAGCUCUCCCCAUGGGAAGGGUUCUAGUCCCAGGAUGCGGCAGCGUAAGUGGAUCUCUUUUUUUUGGCCCUGGUAGUGAGGGUCAUGAUGUAGUGGCAAUGGCAUGCCCUGAACGUUUUGUUGUAGGACUGGAUAUAUCCGAAAAGGCUAUUAAUAAGGCAAUUGAGUUGUCAUCCUCUUCACCUAGUAUCGAUUAUUUUUCCUUCUUCAAGGAAGAUUUCUUCGCUUGGCACCCAACUGAGUUAUAUGAUCUCAUUUUUGAUUAUACGUUCUUUUGUGCAAUUGAACUGGAAAUGAGACCAGCAUGGGCAAAGCGAGUUGAAGAUCUUUUAAAACCAGAUGGAGAGCUCAUGACUCUUAUGUUUCCGCAGGUAAGUGAUCAUGUUGGUGGACCUCCGUAUAAAGUAUCUGUUGCUGAUUAUGAAGAGGUGUUGCAUCCCCUCGGCAUUAAGGCAAUAUCCAUAGUGGAUAACGAAUUGGCCAUUCAACCUCGUAAGGGAAGAGAGAAGCUUGGAAGGUGGAAGCGGUCUCUUAGUCAAUCCUUGCUGUGAAUAGGAUCUCCAUUGUAUUAGCAAGGCGGAUUUUUUUUUUAGACCUAAAAAUAAAUUGGGGACUAUCAUUUGUGAUACAAAUGUUUCUAUUUUCAAUAUCAGAAUUAUAUUUGAUCCAAA